AACGCUAUUUCUUUCUUUUUUUCUUUUUUCCUUACUUCCGGAGCCGAGAUUACCACAUUCGCUCCUAUCUGUGCGGCCAACAGCCUGUUUCUUCAUAAAGCCAUUCGGUCGCGUUACAUUGUUUGUCUCUUGUGACGCCUCUUUCUUGUCUCGACGCGGUGGAAUAGAGACACGGCAAGAUCAUCAUGACGACCGACUAUGAAGGUUCCGCCCCCGCGGGCCGAGUUCUGUCCUCGGGCUCGACCGCCAGCCAACAGGCGGGAAUGUUUCCGCACGGUCACUUGGGCCACCUGAGCGCUCACCAGGAGGAGGCUCUGGAGCGAUUCAAGGUGGUGCUGCAGGAAAAGGGCCUGUGGCGUCCUGGCCCUCCGGCGUCUCACGAUGACCAGACGCUGCUGCGGUAUCUGCGAGCGAGACGGUGGGUUGUGGACGAUGCGCUCGGCCAGUUCAAAGACACAGAGGAAUGGAGGGCGGCGAACAACAUCGAUACGCUGUACCGGACGAUUGAGCUGGAGGCGUACGAGCAGAGCCGGCGCUUGUAUCCCCAAUGGACCGGCCGCCGUGACCGCCGCGGCAUCCCCCUAUACGUCUUCGAGAUCCGUACCCUCGACUCCAAAACCAUUGCCAACUACGAGAAGCAGGGCGCCAACAGCACCUUUUCACAGGCCAAGACGGAUGGCAAGACCCCUCCUGGCCUGCUGCGACUCUUCGCCCUCUACGAGAACUUGACGCGCUUCAACCAGCCCUUUUGCACACAGCUGACGGAUCGCGACCACGCCGACGUGCCCGUCACCAUGAGCACCAACAUUGUCGACAUCUCCGGUGUCGGCCUCAAGCAGUUCUGGAACCUCAAGGGCCACAUGCAGGCAGCUUCGCAGCUGGCCACGGCGCAUUACCCGGAGACGCUAGACCGCAUCUUCAUUAUUGGCGCGCCAAUCUUCUUUAGCACCGUCUGGGGCUGGGUCAAGCGCUGGUUUGACCCCAUCACCGUGUCCAAGAUCUUUGUGCUGGCGCCUCACGAAGUCAAGCCUACCCUCGAGGCCUUUAUCGAUCCUAAGAACAUUCCCAAGAAGUAUGGUGGCGAGCUCGACUACUCGUUUGGCCAGCUAGGAAUCCCUGAUCCUGCAUGGGAGGGCGUUAUCCGGUGGGAGAAGGGACACAACUCGUUCCCCAGCGGACCUCUGCUUUGGGAGGACGUUCCGGGCGAAGAGAGACUGGCGUGUGUCCGUCUGGGUGCGGAGAACGGCAAGACGCAGCGGGAAGUCAUCUGCACGCUGCCCAAGACAUGGGGUCUGACCGAGAAGUCUUCGGAUGAGUCAACUGCCACGGAGAGCUCAGCAACCACCUCUACAAACACGGCCGCCACGACGAUCAACGACGUUUCUGAAGGUACUCAGACCUCAGAAGAUACCCUUGACGACUCUACCCAGACCGACGGAGCCGCCGAAGCCAUCGAGAAGCUGAAGAUUGACGAAAAGGCUGAGACCAAGACGACCGAAGUGACCCCUAUGACUGCUGCAACCGCCGCUGCAUAAACGAACACAUAAUAUACAACAACAAAGGCAAAUGCAUACCAUACCAUACCCUGUUUCAUUUCAUCAUCUUUUUUUUAAUACUAUGGUUAGAGCCAUUGGAUUUUUGCAUAUACAGAAUGCCUCUUUCUCAAGCUCUUGCGUCAUUGUCGAUUUGUAUAUCGCGGAAAGUUGGACAGGACACGUGCUAUUCGUUUACAUGGUGAAUCUGUUGAGUUUUCUCAACUGAAAGAGAAGGAGAAAUUGGACGAGACGAGACGAGACGAGACGAGAGAUGCGAAUCGGAAAUUGGGAGUAUCGUCCGGGUUGGGAAUAUAAUCGGACUUGGAAUAUACCAAAUAUCUACGGAGAAUAGUUGUUUAUAUUUUGCUUUAUAUACAGGCAUGAAUAAUGCCCAUGGGGUCUGCUUUAUGGAUAUCAUUACUUUUUG